AUGAGAGUUAGCAGAUGGAUCAGGUUGGACAACACCAGUGAUACAUUAACUAGGAAAGAGCAAGUUGCCAAGCUGCAUGCUAUCAUCCGAAUGAAGAAGUACACGCCGGAUGAGCAGCGGGACAUGAUGCAAGCGCUCAAGGACUACUGCAACGAGAAGGAGACCUCCAUACACCUCUUGAACCACGCAGCCAACAUGGACACCAUCCAGACACAGCGCAAGAUUGUUGAGCUGCUUGACGGCCUUCGGCUUCGCACAGGUAUUUACAGCACUAUAAUGGUUGUGCACGGCCAUAUCAACAACAUCAUUGAGCCCUUCAUCUAUGGUACCAACAACUCCGACAACUUCUUCCAGGGUGGCUUGGGUUUCACCCCCAAUGAGGUGGUCCAGAAAUACGAGCAGUGGGCGUGCACUCAGAAUGAGAGCACCAUCAGCCAUCCCAACGUGUGCAUGAACUACAAGAAAUACGAGGACAAGGUGGUCCAAAACUACAGUGUGUGCCUGGUCGGAUGGCCCGAGGGUGCCCCUUUCACCCGCCCCUCCAACAUUGGCACUGUGGGCCACAUCCGCCGGCUGCGUGAUGCGUUGAAGAGUGACGAAUGUCACUGGGAGACUCUGGAUGGCAAGCGCAGCAGUGCUAAGAAGUGUUGCGUCCCCAGUGCCCGGGUUUCCAACAAGUCAAGGGCAAAGGCGUCGGCAAAGGCAUCGCGCAAGAAGCAUGCCGCCGUCAGCACCAAGUUUGUCGACUCUGAUGUCAAGUGA